UGUGAAAAGAUCACCGAAACAACCAAAUACGUAACGAGGCUAUAUUGCAAACACGAUGAAGUCCUUCAUUGCCAUCACCGCGGUGGUACUUGGAGCUGCUGCUCGAGUAGCCAAUGCUCAAGGCUUCGUCUCCAACUGCACCUGGCAGACUGGCUUCAUGUCAGACAAUUUCCUCGGAAUGUAUUGCAACAACAACAACUGGGCAGAGUAUAGCUACGAUUGGACUUGGCUCGACACCAACGUCUGCCUAACCAACUACGGUGGCAAGCUCUACCCCUACGUCAGUGGAGGCUACUGGUCAACCUGCGGCAACUGCGCGGUUCGCGGGAGCAACGUCGACUUCAUCCUGACCUGUGACUGCCUCAAUGGGCAAGGCCGUUUCGCCUCUUCCACCUACGAUCUCAAUCGGUUUAUCUGGAAUCACGACGGCGCUCUGGGCUGCUUCAACUACAUCGGAAACAAGACAGAGAGGGGUCCAUUCUAG